ACCGCUUCAAAUACAUCUACUUUUUUGACAAUUCUACAUACGCUAACCUUCGCUAGCUUGUCACUUUUAUUAAUUUUUUGAUUUAGGAAUUGUAUUAAAACAAACUUUUGUUUUGUACUCGAAAAUAGUUUAAAAAUGUCCGAAAACAAUGAUAACUCCAAUGAUUCGAACAGUCGGAAUGAUUCCAUCCUGCAAGCUUCACGACUAAAUAAUCCAAUUCGGGCUGGAGUUUUGCGUCCUUCAGUGCUGGGUUCGUCAUUGAAUUCAUCAAAUGCAGACGGCGGAAAAGCUAGAGAUGGUAGCGAUAAUGAUAGCGAGUUGGUGAAUCCGUUUCUGAGGGAGUCCAAAGACGACGAUGAUGGACAGGAUGGUGCUGGUGCUUCAUCGGCGGAGAAUAAUAAACGAGACGAAAGCGAUGAUGAUGAGAAAGAUGAUCGGCCAGAUCCGUUGAAUUUGUUGGCUAAGAACGGGUUCGAGCGCGCAAGUUUGUUUGCCGCUGCCAAAAGCUCAAUGCCCAGAGUUGAACGGUCGGGAUUUGUAUUUGGACAAAAUGUACAUGAGCGUGUUACAGGGGAAAAUAUCCAUGCUGAAUCGUCAACCAGCAAAUCAGAAAAUUCAACCACUUCACCAGAUUCUCCAUUGCUCUUCUCGACCGUUGUUCAAGCUGCUGCAAAACCCGAAAAUGAAGGUGCUGCUGCUAAAGAAAGCACAGAUGCAAAAAGUUUAACCGAAGUGGCCCGUGAGUACGAGGAGAGCAGAGCGCAAAAACGAAAGUUUGAAGAAGUCGAAACUUUUACUGGCGAAGAAGAUGAAGCUAAUAUUGUAGAUAUAAGUUGCAAGCUUUUUGCAUUCGUAAAUAGUAACUGGGAAGAAAGGGGUCGCGGUAGUCUUAGAUUAAAUGACUCAAAAGUUCAAGAAUGCUCCCGAGUUGUGUUCCGUACAUCAGGCAAUUUACGCUUGUUAGUUAAUACCAAGGUGUGGGCUGGUAUGGUUGCCGAACGUCCCAGUCAAAAAUCAAUGCGACUUACAGCCAUGGACAACAAUGGUCAAAUCAAAGUAUUCUUGGUUAUGGCUCGUCCAGCUGAAAUAAGUAAUCUUCACAAGUUGCUAGUGAAACGAAUUGAAAAGAUCAAAUUAUUGCAUCCGAUUGCCACGGUCGAUUGCGACGACAGCAACGACGCCAAAAAUGGUUCAGCUGAUAAAUGUGAAGUAGCAGCAGCUGCUGCAAUUCCAGCCCCAUCUGAUAGCGCUCAUGCUGACGCCGAUGGCGAAUCAGAGCCAAGUCCCAAAAAGUCCCUAGUGGCUACAGCUGCCGCAGCAGCUGAGUCCGAUUAAAUGGACUAACAGCCUGCCUACCCUCGCAAUGUAAGAAGCAACAAGGAGAUAAAAACAAAAAACAAAAAAGCUAGAGAGAAAAUAUAUAUCUAAAUCGUUUGUAUUUCAUCAUUCAAAACAAAAACAACAAAAAAAUACAUAUUUAAACAAAAUCAUUAAAUCGAAAUUUUAAAAGAGA